GCUACACUCCACUCGCUCCAUUCUGCACGCCAGCGACAGCAGCCGCAGCCCGCAGCGCGGCGGGGACAGCAACUCGACCCCAUCUCCGGCACCGGGAGGGCGACGGUCUCCCUGGACCGAUGGCAGCAGAGAACGAACGGCACUGGCAGCCACCGUCGUCGUGGUCAGCCCUCCCGCUGGAACUGGCAGGCCUGGUGCUCCGCUUGCUCCCCGCAUACGCCGACCGCGCCCGGUUCGCCGCGGUGUGCCCACAGUGGCGUGCCGCAGCCAGGCAGAAGCUGAUGCCCCCUCCACUGCCGCUGCUCGCGCUCCCUGACGGCACCUUCUACAGCCUCCCCUAUGACGAGCUCUUCCACUUCCCCGGCUGCGGCUUCGCUGGGUACAAGAGCGCCUGCGGCAGCUGGCUUGUCUUUCCGCACGACGAUGGGUGCUUCCUUGUCAACCCGUUCUCCAGGGCUACCGUGACGCUCCCUGCUCUCUCAAGUGUCCGACUACGGCCUCCAAAUGCAGUCGCUAAGUGGUCAGAUGUGGGAAAGGCGAAAUGUGCCCAACCCUUCUGCACAUGGAUGCAUAUCAAUGACUCACGCGAGCUGCACAUAAUUAAGCUACUCAUGUGCUCGCCAAACCUCGUUGCUGCACUGGUCGGUGUUGAAUACACCAGUCAGAUCCUAAUGUGCCAGCCAGGGGCCUUGUCAUGGUCGGUACGUGCAUGCGAUGAGUGUAAGGAUUUUGAAGACAUGGUGUUCUACCAGGGAAAGCUCUACGCCAUUGCCGAUGACGAGGACCUCCUUGUGGUGAACGUCAGCAGUGACCAAAGCACCGGCGAUCCACAGGUUUCUCGGGUUGGAAGGGUCAUCAAGGCCAAGGGUGACCGCUGCUACAAGGGGGACCUCAGCGUCUACCAUGUUGUGUGUCGAGAGAACUCUGUACCCGUCAUGCCCGUCAAGAAGGUCUAUCUGGUUGAAUCGUGUGGCGCCUUGCUGAUGGUACGCAGGGAGAUUUGGUGCCAGCCUCCUAGACCUGGAGUGACCAGUAAAAUCGUUGCUGGAAAGAGCGAGUUUGAGGCAUUCAAGGCUGACUUUGAGCACUCACAGUGGAUCAAGGUGUCGACCGUGGGGGAUGACCAGGCUCCGUUUCUAGGGCGAAGGUGCUCCAGGGCUCUGUCCGUGUCUCGGUAUGGCUUACUGGGCAAUCGCAUCUUCUUUUUGGAUGACGAUGACGAGCAUCGUGUGGACUACUUCUACGAUGAGGACAACACAUCUUGCAGCUCCUACGACAUGAGACUCGGCGAUGUCUCUUCCCCUCAUCCAAUGAUUUCCUGGAAGCGCCGCAAGGAGAUGCGUCUGGCAGCAUGGCUAUUCCCCCGGGACUGAAUUGAAGGUGUUAUAUUGUUGUUGACUUGUUGCUAUACAAGCUAUUCCCAUGUUUAUAUAACCAUGCUGUAGAUGUUGGUGUCCAUCCUUUAUUUUGCAAGCUGCUCGCAGGUUAUCUAUCUGGCUGUGGUAAACAUGGCGGUUCAUUAUGGUGUUCGGUGGUCCCAUACAAGCCGUGAAAUGCCUUAGUGAAGAGUAUUUAACUUUCUUAUGCCAUAGUUGCCAUGUAUCAGUGAUUGUCUGAAUUUAUUAUGGUGGUCACUAUGCAAGCUGUUAACUGCAUCGGUUUUCAA